GGUCACGUGCACUGUGCUGGUCACGUGAGUGGUUUGGGGAUUGCGGCAGGACGGGCGGCAGCGCUAUGGAGCGAAAGGCCGCGGCGGCACUGGAGUUCCAGCCAACCGAUCACCAGCACCUCCGCUACAACCCGCUGCGGGAUGACUGGGUCUUGGUUUCCGCCCAUCGCAUGCGGCGGCCGUGGCAGGGGCAGGUGGAGAAGCCCCCCCAGGAGGACGUCCCACGUUGCGAUCUGGCCAACCCCUUGUGCCCUGGAGCGAAGAGAGCGAAUGGCGAGGUGAAUCCCCACUAUGAGAACACAUUUGUCUUUGACAAUGACUUCCCUGCACUGCAGCCAGAUGCCCCAGAACCUGAUGCUGGUGACCACCCCUUGUUCCGUACAGCGUCUGCUCGAGGCGUGUGCAAAGUCAUGUGUUUCCAUCCCUGGUCUGACCAGACUCUACCCCUCAUGUCGCUAUCCGAGAUCCGCACUGUGAUUGACAAAUGGUCAGAGAUCGCUGUGGAGCUGGGUGCCUCCUACUCUUGGGUGCAGAUCUUUGAGAACAAAGGAGCUAUGAUGGGUUGUUCCAAUCCCCACCCUCACUGCCAGAUCUGGGCCAGUAACUUCCUGCCCAAUGAAGCCUCUCUGGAGGACCAGACUCAGCAGAAGCACCAUCGUGAGCGUCGCAUUCCCAUGUUGCUCGAAUAUGCCCGGCUGGAGGCGGAGAGGAAGGAGCGGAUUGUGGCGGAGAACGCCGACUGGCUGGUGGUUGUCCCCUAUUGGGCUGUGUGGCCGUUCCAGACCCUCUUGCUUCCUCGACGGCACGUCUGUCGCCUUCAGGACCUCCGAGACAGUGAAAGAGACAGCUUGGCUUCCAUUAUGAAGAGGCUUCUCACCAAAUAUGACAAUCUCUUCCAGAUCUCCUUCCCCUACUCUAUGGGAUGGCACGGGGCCCCAACAGGGUCAUACCUAGACGCCGACUGCAGCCAUUGGCAGCUGCAUGCCCAUUACUACCCGCCCUUGCUGCGUUCCGCCACAGUACGCAAAUUUAUGGUUGGCUAUGAAAUGCUGGCUCAGGCCCAGAGGGACUUGACACCAGAGCAGGCUGCAGAGCGCCUGAGGAACCUGCCUGAGGAACACUAUCGGCUGGAACGGAGGGAGAGUCCAUAGCGCAGAGCUCAAGGGGUCCUCCUUGGGUGUGGAUGAUCAUUGAUUGAGAUCAUGGGGAUCUGUGUGGAUCAUUCCUGAGGAGAGGGGAGGGGAGAGAGGUUUCUGUAAUUUGGGGCUGCUCAGGGAACGUUACGAGAACAGCUUGACUCGGACAGUCAGGUUUGAGCUGCUGCCUUCCUGUGCUGCUAAACUGAGGCCUUGUAAGACUAGUGAGUUUUUGUGGGAGAAGCCACCUCAACUCUGGUCACGAGGCUUCAACAAAACCCGUUUGAUUCCUGGUACGCUCACCAGGGCUAAACGAUCUGCCGUGCAUCAAGAAGUGGAUAAUUGGGGAAAACUCCCUCCCCAUCAGUGGCUUCCAAUACUUCCAUUGAUAGGUCGCUGCUUCUCACUGUGCGCUCCGCACCCAUGGGGAGCCAUUGUUAUUAAGGUGAAUCUUUAUAUACAAGCUAUAGGUGGCCCACAUCUUUCUCUGUAGCAACCCCCCCCCCCCAAAAAAAAAUGUGAUUACAGUGCAGGGUUUUCACUAAGGACUUGCAACAAGGAACAUCCUGCGUGCUUCUGAAUGUUAGUCUGUCCUGCACUAGUUAAGGCUCCCGGGCCUCAUAAAUCAGACUAGUAUCAUUAUAAAACGAUGCCCCUGCCCCCACCCCCAAGAUGCCAAUCUUGGUCAUGUUGAGGAAGCCAGAUGCAAAUGUGAGACUUGAGAGUUUCUGAGCUGCUCCCAGGAGUUCCGCUAGACGACAGCCUCGUAUCUGCACCUACCUUUUUCUGUGCUAGUUAUCAUCUUUUUCCCUUUAAGAAAUGACGUGGCCCGUUGUCCCUGCUAGAGGCAGCUGGGAGACCUGAGAAGGCCCUGAUUUUCUACCCUUUACUUCUGCCAGCUGUUUCCUGUGAACAAGAAGAUCGUUCUUAGAUGCCUCUACGUGCCUCCAAUCCCUACCCUCAACCCAAAGUGUGGGGCUGACCACAGACAGAUAAAUCUUAGUGUGACGGUACAGGUGACUAGGAGAAGGUAGUUCGGGGCGGAAGACCCUCAACUGUGCCAACUAUGAAGGGUGACUUGAGGGUUCUGUGCUUCUUGGGCCCAGAGCCUUUCCAGAGCCUCAAACAGAAUGAAGUUAAGUGGAGACUCUUUUGAGUGGAAGGUUUUGGUUCUAGGUGCUGUUUUCUUCUAUAUUUUUUUCCGAUCCAAAUGUACCAAAAUAGAAUAAAGAAAAUUUCUUCUA